AUGGGUAAGGAAAAGACUCAUAUCAACAUCGUCGUAAUCGGCCAUGUCGACUCUGGCAAGUCUACUACCACUGGCCAUCUCAUUUAUAAAUGCGGUGGAAUUGACAAGCGUACCAUUGAGAAAUUCGAGAAAGAGGCUCAAGAGAUGGGCAAAGGUUCCUUUAAGUACGCAUGGGUGUUGGACAAGCUGAAGGCUGAGCGUGAACGAGGUAUUACGAUUGAUAUUGCUCUUUGGAAAUUCGAGACGGCCAAGUACUAUGUGACCAUCAUUGAUGCGCCUGGUCACAGGGAUUUCAUCAAGAACAUGAUUACUGGAACGUCUCAGGCUGAUUGUGCUGUACUUAUCGUGGCGGCCGGUACCGGAGAGUUCGAAGCUGGUAUCAGCAAGAAUGGGCAGACGCGCGAGCAUGCUCUCCUUGCUUUUACUCUUGGUGUCAAGCAAUUGAUUGUGGGAGUUAACAAGAUGGACUCUACUGAGCCUCCGUACCAUGAAGCACGAUAUGAGGAAAUUAAGAAGGAAGUCUCCUCGUAUAUCAAGAAAAUUGGGUACAACCCGGCCACGGUGGCGUUCGUGCCCAUCUCCGGCUGGCACGGCGACAACAUGCUCGAGCAGUCCGACAAAAUGCCCUGGUUCAAGGGCUGGACCAUUGACCGCAAGGAUGGCAAGGUGGAGGGCAAGACCCUCAUUGAGGCUCUGGACGCCAUCCAGCCUCCGUCUCGUCCCACCGAGAAGCCGCUGCGUCUGCCGCUGCAGGACGUGUACAAGAUAGGCGGCAUCGGCACCGUGCCUGUCGGACGAGUCGAGACCGGUAUAUUGAAGCCAGGCAUGGUGGUGGUUUUCGCACCGGCCGCUAUCACCACUGAGGUGAAGUCGGUGGAGAUGCACCACGAGGCUUUGCAGGAGGCGAUGCCGGGAGACAACGUGGGCUUCAAUGUUAAGAACGUGUCGGUGAAGGAGCUGCGUCGCGGGUACGUGGCCGGGGACUCUAAGAACUGCCCACCAAAAGGCGCUUCCGAUUUCACCGCUCAGGUGAUCGUGCUGAACCACCCGGGGCAGAUCAGCAACGGCUACACGCCGGUGCUGGACUGCCACACCGCGCACAUCGCCUGCAAGUUUGCCGAGAUCAAGGAGAAGUGCGACCGUCGUACCGGCAAGACCACCGAGGUGGAGCCGAAGUCGAUCAAGUCGGGCGACGCGGCCAUCGUGACCCUGGUGCCGACCAAGGCGCUCUGCGUCGAGUCCUUCCAGGAGUUCCCGCCGCUCGGCCGCUUCGCCGUUCGUGACAUGCGCCAGACCGUCGCCGUCGGCGUCAUCAAGAGUGUAACCUUUAAGGAGGUUACAACAGGUAAAAUCACCAAGGCCGCUGAGAAGGCCCAGAAGAAAAAA